CCGUGCCUCCCGCCUGGACGUGCCCGGGCCUCCGCGGGCGGUGCGCGCGCCCAUUCCCGGCUGAGUCACGGACGGUCGGGCGCGGGUGGGAAGAGGCGGAGGGAGCGCCGCCGGGAGCGCCGCUCGCGGGCCGGGCCGCAGGUGACCCGAGGCUCUGGCCGAGCGCUUUGUGACCAGAUGCGGAGCCCAGCGGAGGGCGCGAGCCAGAUGCGGGACGACAGCUGACUCGCUGCGAGGAGGCGGCGGGGAGGCACGGAGUGCGCGGGUGGUCCCUGGCCACGGACUUCUCGGCCGCGGGUUCCCGGGCCCCGCAAGGUAAACUACACCCUCUUCCGAUCCCGCACUCCACCCCUCGCGCUUCUGCUCUCUUUGUUCCCGUAAGAGACCUGACUGCUGUUGCGUGCGGAAGACGAGACCAGAGAGAUACCCGGCUCACCAUGAAGGCCCUGGCUGUGCUUGGCCCCGGCCUCCUCGUGCAUCUGUUGACCUUGGUGCAGAAGAGCGGUGGGGAGUGCAAAGAGGCGCUCGUCAAGUCUGCGAUGAACGUGAACAUGAAGUACCAGCUGCCCAACUUCACCGCGGAAACGCCCAUCCAGAAUGUCGUCGUGCACCAGCACUACAUUUACCUCGGUGCCGUUAACUACAUCUACGUCUUGAAUGACACAGACCUUCAGCAGGUCGCUGAGUACAGGACCGGGCCGGUGCUGGAACACCCGGAGUGCUUGCCGUGCCAGGACUGCAGCCACAAGGCCAAUGCGUCAGGGGGCGUCUGGGCAGAUAACGUCAACAUGGCCCUGCUCGUGGACACGUACUACGACGACCAGCUCAUCAGCUGCGGCAGCGUCCGCAGAGGCACGUGCCGGCGGCACGUGCUGCGCUCCGACGCGGCGGACAUCCGGUCCGAGGUGCACUGCAUGUUCUCGCCGCAGGCGGACGAGGAGCCCGGCCGCUGUCCCGACUGUGUGGUGAGCGCGCUGGGGACCAAGGUGCUGCUUUCCGAGAAGGACCGCUUCAUCAACUUCUUCGUGGGCAACACCAUCAGCUCGGCCCACCUGCCGGGCCGCGCGUUACAUUCGAUAUCGGUGAGGAGGCUGAAGGAGACGCAAGACGGCUUUAAGUUUCUGACAGACCAGUCCUACAUUGAUGUUUUACCCGAGUUCCGAGAUUCUUACCCCAUUAAGUAUGUCCACGCCUUUGAAAGCAACCAUUUUAUUUACUUCUUGACGGUCCAACGGGAAACUCUCGAUGCUCAGACUUUUCACACGAGAAUCGUCAGGUUCUGCUCCGUAGACUCGGGCUUGCAUUCCUACGUGGAAAUGCCCCUGGAGUGUAUUCUCACAGAAAAGAGGCGGAGGAGAUCCGCAAGGUCGGAAGUGUUCAAUAUCCUCCAAGCUGCCUAUGUCGGCAAGCCUGGGACCCAUCUCGCCAAUCAAAUAGGGGUCAACCUGGACGAUGACAUUCUCUACGCGGUGUUCGCACAAAGCAAGCCGGAUUCCGCCGAACCGAUGAAUCGCUCCGCCGUCUGUGCGUUCCCGAUCAAGCUGGUCAAUGAAUUCUUCAACAAGAUCGUCAACAAAAACAACGUGAGAUGUCUCCAGCAUUUUUAUGGACCGAACCACGAGCCCUGCUUCAAUAGGACACUUCUGAGAAUUCCAUCAGGCUGUGAAGUGCGCAGUGAUGAGUAUCGGACGGAGUUCACCACCGCUUUGCAGCGGGUCGACUUAUUCAUGGGCCAGUUCAAUCGAGUCCUCCUGACAUCUGUGUCGACGUUCAUUGCAGGCGACCUCACCAUCGCCAACCUCGGGACGUCGGAGGGCCGCUUCAUGCAGGUUGUGGUUUUUCGAUCAGGAUCAUCCACUCCUCAUGUGAAUUUUCGCCUGGAUUCCCACCCCGUGUCUCCAGAAAUGAUUGUUCAGCACCCAUUAAACCAAAAUGGCUACACACUGGUCGUCACUGGGAAGACGAUCACCAAGAUCCCGCUGAAUGGGCUAGGCUGUGAACACUUCCAGUCCUGCAGCCAGUGUCUCUCCGCCCCUCCCUUUGUGCAGUGUGGCUGGUGCCACAACAAAUGUGUGCGAUCGGAGGAAUGCCCCAGUGGAGUAUGGACUCAAGACGUCUGUCAUCCUACAAUCUACGAGGUUUUCCCGACUACUGCCCCCCUGGAAGGAGGGACAACGCUGACCAUAUGUGGCUGGGACUUUGGAUUCAGGAGGAAUAAUAAAUUUGAUUUAAAGAAAACCAGAAUUCUGCUUGGAAAUGAGAGCUGCACCUUGACCUUAAGUGAGAGUACAGCAAAUACGUUGAAAUGCACAGUUGGUCCUGCAAUGAGCGAGCACCUCAAUCUGUCCAUAAUUAUUUCAAGCGGUCGAGGCACAGCACAAUAUACUGCAUUUUCUUAUGUGGAUCCUAUCAUAACAAGUGUUUCUCCAAGUUAUGGUCCUAAGACUGGUGGCACUUUACUUACUUUAACUGGAAAGUACCUAAACAGUGGGAAUUCUAGACACAUUUCAAUUGGUGGAAAAACAUGUUCUUUAAAAAGUGUGUCCGAGAGUGUUCUUGAAUGUUAUACCCCAGCCCAAACCACUACAACUGAGUUUCCUAUUAAAUUAAAAAUUGACUUAGCCAACCGAGAGACAAACAGCUUCAAUUACCGGGAAGACCCCAUUGUCGAUGAAAUUCACCCAACCAAAUCUUUUAUUAGUGGUGGGAGCACAAUAACAGGUGUUGGAAAAAACCUGAAUUCAGUUAGUGGCCUGAGGAUGGUAAUAAGUGUGCGUGAAGCAGGAAGGAACUUUACUGUGGCAUGUCAACACCGCUCUAAUUCAGAGAUAAUCUGCUGUACAACUCCUUCACUCCAACAGCUGAAUCUGCAGCUCCCCCUGACAACCAAAGCCUUUUUCAUGUUAGACGGGAUCCAUUCCAAAUACUUUGAUCUCAUUUAUGUACACGAUCCUGUGUUUAAGCUUUUUGAAAAGCCAGUGAUGAUCUCAAUAGGCAAUGAAAAUGUCCUGGAAAUUAAGGGAAAUGACAUUGACCCUGAAGCAGUUAAAGGUGAAGUGUUAAAAGUGGGAAAUAAGAGCUGUGAGAAUGUACACUCACAUUCGGAAGCCGUUUUGUGUACCGUCCCCAGUGACCUGCUGAAGCUGAACAGUGAGCUAAAUAUAGAGUGGAAGCAAGCAGUUUCUUCAACUGUCCUUGGAAAAGUAAUAGUUCAACCAGAUCAGAAUUUCACAGGAUUGAUUGUUGGUGUUAUCUCAAUAUCAGUACUACUCUCGUUAUUGUUCGGACUUUUCCUGUGGCUGAAAAGGAGAAAGCAAAUUAAAGAUCUGGGCAGUGAAUUAGUUCGCUAUGAUGCACGAAUACACACUCCUCACUUGGAUAGGCUCGUAAGUGCCCGAAGUAUAAGCCCAACCACAGAAAUGGUCUCAAAUGAAUCUGUAGACUACCGCGCUACUUUUCCAGAAGACCAGUUUGCUAACUCAUCCCAGAAUGGAUCCUGCAGACAAGUGCAGUGCCCUCUGAUGGACCUCUCCCCCAUCCUGCCUGGUGGAGACUCUGACAUAUCCAGUCCGUUGCUGCAAAAUACCGUUCGCAUUGACCUCAGCGCACUGAAUCCGGAGCUGGUUCAGGCGGUCCAGCACGUGGUGAUUGGGCCUAGCCGCCUGAUUGUGCAUUUCAAUGAGGUCAUAGGAAGAGGACAUUUUGGUUGUGUGUAUCAUGGGACUUUGUUGGAUAAUGAUGACAAGAAAAUUCACUGUGCUGUGAAAUCCUUGAAUAGAAUCACUGACAUAGGAGAAGUUUCCCAGUUUCUGACUGAAGGGAUCAUCAUGAAAGAUUUCAGUCACCCCAAUGUUCUCUCACUCUUGGGAAUCUGCCUUCGCAGUGAGGGGUCCCCACUGGUGGUCCUGCCUUACAUGAAACAUGGAGACCUUCGAAAUUUCAUCAGAAAUGAGACUCAUAACCCAACUGUAAAAGAUCUUAUUGGCUUUGGCCUUCAAGUAGCCAAAGGCAUGAAAUAUCUUGCAAGCAAAAAGUUUGUCCACAGAGACUUGGCCGCAAGAAACUGUAUGCUGGAUGAAAACUUCACUGUCAAGGUUGCUGAUUUCGGUCUUGCCAGAGACGUGUAUGAUAAAGAAUACUACAGUGUCCACAACAAAACAGGCGCCAAGCUGCCUGUGAAGUGGAUGGCUUUGGAAAGUCUGCAGACUCAGAAGUUCACCACCAAGUCAGAUGUGUGGUCCUUUGGCGUGCUCCUCUGGGAACUGAUGACAAGAGGUGCCCCACCUUAUCCUGAUGUCAAUACCUUUGAUAUAACAGUUUACUUGUUGCAAGGCAGAAGGCUCUUGCAACCCGAGUACUGCCCAGAUCACCUGUAUGAAGUGAUGCUAAAAUGCUGGCACCCGAAAGCUGAGCAGCGCCCUUCUUUUGCUGAGCUGGUCUCCAGGAUAUCAGCGAUAUUCUCUGCUUUCAUCGGGGAGCAUUAUGUCCACGUGAAUGCCACCUAUGUGAACGUCAAAUGUGUCGCUCCAUACCCUUGUCUGUUGUCAUCACAAGAUCACGUUGAUGGUGAGGGAGACACAUGACGGAUGGCUACACCAUCAAGCCCCUUCUGAGAAACAUCGUAGAACUAUCCAAACAACAGUCCAUACUUCGUCCAAUAGUUUUUCACUGCCUGGCCAUUGAAAGGCCACCAGAUAUUUUUUUGCUUUUGCCAAAAUUGCACUAUUAUAGGACCUUAUAUUGUUAUUUUAAAUGACUGGACUGUGAGGAAUUUCUCGUCUGACAUAGCGUCAGGGCCAGAAGCUUGGUCCCACAGACCAGUGACCGAUGGCAACCCUGUAGCGGGGAGGACCCUCCUGUUGCAUUCAGGCCCAAACCUGAUUUCUGGGUUGAAAUUUUUAAAAAUCAGGAUCCCACCUGCUUUUAUAUGGGGAACUGAGGCAUUGAAUUUUGUCGGCUUCGUGAUCACAGAAAAUUCAGAAGUGGUAAUGUCCAGGACAAACAGGGCAGCCCUGGGACCAGGCCACUCAUUUAGAAUUAGUGUUUCAAAGAGCGUUCAUGUGUUGUGUGGUCUCUAACAUUUUUCAUUACUGAUGUUGUCAUUUGCCUGUUAGGCAAACAUUCCCAUUUAAAUUUUGCAUACACAUUCCUUUUAUUGGAGAAAUAUCCAUAGACAAUGCAGUUAGUGUUUCAACACAAAAUGUUUAUAAUUUAAUAGGGAUAUUUACAAAUUGUACAUAGAUGACAUUGAGAAAGUUUUCAUAAAAUAGUUUAGUCACAAUGAAAUAUUUAAUUGUCAUUUAAAAAUCAACUUGAGAAUGAUGCUAUUCUAAUCUAAUGGAUGUGGACAUUUAAAUGUUUUGUCUGUAUUUUUUUUAAAUGGAGACUGAAAAUAAAACAAGUACUUUGUGAUGAUGUGUUUUUAAAGGUAACUUAGCAUGUUUUUAAAGCAGAAUGCAUCUGACUGAAAGGUUUAUUGGUUCCAAUCACAGCUCAUACGUACAGCAAAGUAAUGACCAACAGACUGGAAGUAUUAGCCUCUCUCUCAGGUGGCAACUUCCUAUCCCACAAACACGGGGAGACAAUAAAACUUUGGGGAAGUCUAGUUUUGCUUUAGGACAUAUUCUGUGUUAAGCAAAACAUGUUGUAGAAAAAAAGGCAAUUCAAAGUUCUGGCCGUUUCCCUGGGAUGAACAGUCGUUAUCCUGAGCAGCACUUGGUGACGUUUUGUUCCGUGAGAGUUUGUGCUUACUACUGUAUAGUGCACGGGGCACAGGAUACUCUAAGUGAUUUGUCUAUAUGAACAUUUAAAGUAUUAUAUUUUUAUAAAAAUGUUUAUUUUUAAUGAUACAAGAUAACUUUUGUUAGGCCAUAAAAAUACUGCACUGUGAACAUUUCAGAAAAGGUAUGUCAGACUUGGAUUAAUAAUGGCAUGAUUUUGAAUGGCUGUAAAUAGUGAUAAGGAAUUGUACUGAUUGUCAGUACACAGUACACCACACCCUCAUUACAUCACAGGACUCAAAGCCAGGGGUUAACACACAAGCUAUGAAGAGGGUAUGUUACACUGAAACCCCUUAGUAGAGUUGGGCUGUUGUUGCAAGAGAGUGAUUACAACCAAAAGCUCUUUGACAAAGGUGGAACUUACCAGAAGACACAAGGAAUGGUACUGCAGAGAUAUUCCAGUUCAAAUAUUACUAUUACAGAAGUGAAAAGAGGAAUACUAAUUCACAGAGUAUUGUAAAUGGUGGACGACAAAAAAAAAAAAAAAUCUAGUCUGCAGAAAGCAAUACCUCUACCGAUGUGAACAGAAUGAAUGCAUCAAGAACAGAAAGAACUUGUGGAAACAACCAUCAACAAGACUACACACCUGUAUAUAUGCUUGAGAAAGCUGCAAUGUGAAAACCGGGUUUGCUAUUUAUAAACGUGUCCUUAGGUUAAUGUGUCUGGACAGGUUGUGUGAGUGAAGCCUCUACGAAUUAGAUACUUGUCACAGCAGCAUGCCUGCAAUUGAGCUGAAUGGUACUUUGUAUGUUAAUAGUUGUUGUUCUGAUCGAUCAAACGAUUAAAAUAAAUUGUUAUACAUCCUG